CUUCUGAAUUUAACCUUUGUAUACGAUGUAUUUCUAUAUAUUGCUAUGUAACUUGAGGAAGUUAUUAUCAAUUAACUAGUUACAAAAGGAAUAAUGUUAGAAUCCACUCAUAUUUCUAUAUAAUUCUUCAUGUUACUAUCCCUCUUAUCUUAGUCUGCGAGUCGUGUCCAGUUUACUGUUUACCUAUUGCAAACUGUCCUAAAUAAGACGUUGCCACAUCACUCAACUUGCAAAAGCUCACUUACAAAAGCUCACUUACAAAAACAAUUUAUAUAUCUCAAUACUAUUUUACUACUCUCACUUAGCAUAAUACAAUGGGUCACUCAUAUACACAUAUUAUUAUGAAGAGACUUGCCGUCGCAACCUUAGUUGCCUCAUCCGCCCUCUCCCUCACACAUGCAUCAUCAUCCCCCCCAUCUGAAUCCCCAUCCCCAUCCGCAGAAACAGAACUUAUAUGCCACACCGACAACCCCGCGGAAUGCUAUCCAAAAGUCUUCUCCGCCACGGAAGACUUCCAACCCGUCCACGACGACCAGGAUCUUCCCCCCGGCCUACACGUCCAGCUCGACGUCCAGACCGGCCAGAAACAAGCUAAGCUGUAUAACCCCGCGGAAGAUGAAAAUCCUGCUCUGCAAGGCUUACCGGUAGACCGGGCCGUCGUCGUCGUAGACCCCGAAACUACUCUACCGGUACCCCAGGACGACCAACCACCCCAAAUCCCCCCCGGCGCCCCGGCCUACGAGCCCGUAGGCGUAGUCAAGGCGCCGCAGGAGAAAAACGAGGGUUUCAUCUCGGCUCUCGAAACGCUGAAGAAGUCUUCAGGGCCCAAUAGUAGCGCCGUCAACCCAGACGAUCUCGAUAAAGCCCUCGAGGUCCUGGAAGAUCUGUCUCACGGGAUGUACUACGGCCUGCAAAUCGCCUCGGACCCCGACGCCCUACACGCCCUAUUCUGCCUCCUCACCGCACGCGACGCAGCACAGGCCCAACGGCCCCUCUCCCAGCGCACCGAUUUUCUCGCCUCCGCCAUCCUCGCGUCCUCCGUCCGGAACAACAAGCCUGCGCUCCGCGCCGUGGAGCAAUCCUGGGACUCCCUCCUCGAGAAGCAAUGUCUAUCUUCCUCUUCCUCUUCCGCCUCCCCCAACAACAGCUCUCUGAGGUCAGAGCUCUUCUCCGCGCUGCAACCUACUACCACAACGCCCGGCUCGGCGGAGGAGGAGGAGGAAUCCGCCGAAGCAUACGCCACGCGCCUGAAGCUCGCCGUGCUAGACGGCCUGCUGAAGAGCCCGCGUAUCGCGGCGCAGUUCCUCGCGCACGACGGCAUGCGGCACUUCCUGCAGAUCCUGCAGCGGGCAGAUCCCAUCUGGGACGCGCGCAAAGCCAAGGUCGCGCGCAUCGUGUCCGACGUCUUCCUCGACGAGGACGUCGGUGCCGUGCUGGGCGUGUGGCCGACGAGCGCAAGCGUAGCCGAAGCUAGCGUGUGCGAGGCCGGCGGCCCGGAUUCUCUAGAAGAAGGGUGUUGGGAGCACCACCUGGAAGGUAUCAGCCAGGGCCCGGAAGCCCCGGGUUGGAGCCGGCCGCUCCUCGACUUGCUGAGACGGAGGCGGGCGGAGAAGCGGGCGGCGCAGGAUAAGCGGGAUGAAUUAUAAAACAACGACAACAACAACAACAACAACAACAACAACAACAACAACAAUAAUAAUGAUAUAUUAUCUAAGAGGAAACUCACUCUUUCAAUAUAACUACGGCAAUGACAAGCACAGCUAAUGAAUGAGGCGUUUGGGAUAACUGCAUUUUUCUAUUUUAUUUAUGUAUUUUACUUUACUUCAGUUUACCCCCCGACGAAUACCC